AUAUUCACAUAUUCAUAACAGAAAAAAAUGAUUCGCUCUGAGGGGUUGGAACCCAAUAGUGAAAAGUUUCAUGAAAUAACUUACAACGUUGAACCAUACAUUAAUAGAAUUAAAAGAUCAUGCAAAAAAGUUAUUUCAAAUCUUACAUUGGAGCCAGUCUUGUUCUUCAUGUCCUUCGUGGGUUCCAUGGACUCAGCCUCAGUUUCCCAACUACUCAUUGAUAAAUCAUGUAAUAUCGACUUUGACUUCCCCGAGGGGGUCUGCGAUGAUCUUCUAAGCGAUAACAAUACAGCUUCUAAUGAUUUGGUAUCUGACGAAGUGGCGCAGUUUAAGGUUUAUGAGAGCAUUGUUGAUCAUCUUUUCCCAAUCAUUGUCUCCUUUUUCCUGGGAAGCUGGAGCGAUACUUUUGGAAGAAAAGUCAUCCUCUACGUCUUCUUUACAUUCAGGUUGGUAGAGGGAAGCUUUCUUCUUCUCAAUGCCUACUUCAUGGAAUGGCCAAAAGAGUAUCUUUUGUUUUCAGUAAACCUUCCAGUUGCAUUGUCCGGAGGUUACCUUGCUUACUCUAUGGGAAUAAAUGCCUUCAUUGCUGACAUAUCAAAGCCUGAACAACGUAGCUUCAGAAUGGCAAUGAUUCAUUUUGUUUCCUCCCUAGGCAGGCCAUUUGGGACUCAAAUUGGAGCUGUGCUUUUUGAGCAAGGAGGAUAUGUCUGCGUUAUCGGAGCAACGUUGCUGGGAAGACUUGUAAGUUUUGGGCUUCUGAUCCUAAGUCUGGAGAUGUUUAAGUGGAGUCCUAAGAAAAAAGAAGAGGAAUCUGAUGAGCCAAUCAGGAAAAAACGUCAUCAUGCUCUUAGCCCAUCUCACAUCAUCGAUUCUCUUAAAACGGCUGUUAAACCAAGGUCUGAUGGAAAGAGAUUUUACCUGUGGGUUUAUCUUCUUGUUAUGAUUUCAAUGGUACUUCCAUGGUUUGGUGAAUCAGUAAUUGGGUAUCUGUAUGUACGAAAGCGUUAUAAUUGGGGAGUACAGGAAUACAGCGACUUCAGAACAGUUUCUGAGGUUUUAGACAUUGUUGGACAAGCCAUAUUCAUACCUGUCCUUGGAGUUUUACAGAUCAAAGAUUCGCUAAUUAUUCCCAUCUUACUUUCAACAGUCAUAGCCCGAGAUUUUGUUAAAGGCUUUGCUGAGACAUCAUGGCUUUACUAUUUUGGAUCUGCUAUAAAUGUUAUGGGAGGAUACUCUUUUGCCGCUUGUAGAUCUAUUAUAUCAAAGUGUGUUGAAAGCCAUGAACUUGGGAAAGUGUUUGCUCUACUAGCUGCCCUAGAAUCCUUAGUACCUAUUGGUAUGUCUCAAGCUUAUGCAUCAAUAUGGGCUCUUACUUCUGUUCUUGAUUCCCUUUGGGUUGGAUCAGUGUUUUUCCUAUCUGGUGCUAUUACAAGCAUAUCUUUGAUUCUCUCCCUUAUCUCCCUGUUAUCCUUGAAGGGAAGAGCAAUCUCUGAUCUCGGAAAGGCAUCUACCAGCUCUGAUCUUGAUGCAAGACCAAUUAAAAGGCCACAUUACAGCAUGAUAAUCAGAGGGCAACCACUGGAGAGACGUGUAGCUACUGGAAACUGGACUCUACCACCACAAAUAAGACCUCAUUGGGACACCUUCGACUGUGCUGAUUGUGUAGAGAGUACUGAUAGCUCUGAGACCAAUUCAUCUGAAGAAUAUUCAAAUUCACAAAACCUUGAGUCAGUGAAAACCAUUUCUGGAGAGAUUUCAAAAUAAGUUUUACAAAUGUUUUCAUCUGUUCAUUCUUUUAAACUCAUGAGAUAAAAAAAGCAAAAUUUAACCAAAUAUUUUCAAUCAUAUUUCUAUGUAAUCUUAGUAUUUCAAUUCUCAGACAGAUAAACGUAUUUUAUUUAAAUUGUGACAUGAAUCAUUGAAAUAUUUGAAUGCCUCCAGCUCCUGCUUUUGUUUAAUUUGUACUAUUUCACAAUUUUAAAUAGGGUCACACUAUCUUGGUUCAACGAUACAAGAUUAUCUUGAAAUUCAAGACAGUUUAUGUGGUCAAAUAAUUUUAUGUAAAUAUCACUUAUUAUUAAAUGACUUUUGAAAUAAAUUAUUUUUAUAAUUAAAA